CUCUCGGUGUCCCCCAGCUCGUCUCUGCACUGUGCACAGCUCCUGUUGCUUGCACCAAGAAACCAGCACGCAGCAGCAGCAGCAGUACCAGCAGUAGUAGCAGCAGCAGUACCAGCAGCAGUAGUAGUACCAUCAGUAGUGGUACCAGCAGCAGUAGUAGUACCAUCAGUAGUGGUACCAGCAGCAGCAGCAGGAGCAGCAGCAGCAGUAGUACCAUCAGCAGCAGCAGGAGCAUCAGCAGCAGGAGCAGCAGCAGCGCCUGCGUGCGUGCAGUUGCAGCAGUCCUGCGUCCAUCACUUAGCCGGACUGUGCCAGGCUCCGUGUGAGCCGGCCCCGGCUCUGUUCCCACUGCCGCUGCUCUCGCUGAGCCAACUCAGACUCUCAGCCUCGCGGAGACUCCACACCAUGAGGGCGACGUGUUCCAUCUGCGUGUCACUCUGCACGGGCCGUGUGCUCUUCGCUUUGGGCGAGAAGUCGCCCAGAGCCCCAUGGUGGAGCUGCCCCACGGUGGAGCCGCCCCACGGUGGAGCAGCCCCAGGGCGGAGCAGCUUCCUAGACUGGCUCCACCCUGGGGACGUGGGAGCUUUCGUCAGAGCGUCAGCGCACGCUCAGAACAUCUCACUCGCUGGUGGUGAUACAGGAGGCGUUGAUGGUGUUGAUGGUGGCCAUGAGUCGUCAUUCUACUGUCGAUUCAAAUCCCACAAUGGUCCCUACAAGAUGAGCGCAUUCCUGGCGCUCGUUUUGGACCCGGAAGAGUCCCACAAUGGAGCUCCGCGCGGGGACCAGGGAGAGGCCCACAACGGAGCUCCGCGCGGGGACCAGGGAGAGGCCCACAACGGAGCUCCGCGCGGGGACCAGGGAGAGGCCCACAACGGAGCUCCGCGCGGGGACCAGGGAGAGGCCCACAACGGAGCUCUGCGCGGGGACCAGGGAGAAGCCCACAACGGAGCUCCGCGCGGGGACCAGGGAGAGGCCCACAACGGAGCUCCGCGCGGGGAACAGGGAGAGGCCCACAACGGAGCUCCGCGCGGGGAACAGGGAGAGGCCCACAACGGAGCUCCGCGCGGGGAACAGGGAGAGGCCCACAACGGAGCUCCGCGCGGGGAACAGGGAGAGGCCCACAACGGAGCUCCGCGCGGGGACCAGGGAGAGGCCCGCAACGGAGCUCCGCGCGGGGACCAGGGAGAGGCCCGCAACGGAGCUCCGCGCGGGGAACAGGGAGAGGCCCGCAACGGAGCUCCGCGCGGGGACCAGGGAGAGGCCUACAAAGGAGCUCCGCGCGAGGACCAGGGAGAGGCCCACAAAGGAGCUCCGCGCGGGGACCAGGGAGAGGCCCACAAAGGAGCUCCGCGCGGGGACCAGGGAGAGGCCCACAAAGGAGCUCCGCGCGGGGACCAGGGAGAGGCCCGCAACGGAGCUCCGCGCGGGGAACAGGGAGAGGCCCGCAACGGAGCUCCGCGCGGGGACCAGGGAGAGGCCUACAAAGGAGCUCCGCGCGGGGACCAGGGAGAGGCCCACAAAGGAGCUCCGCGUGGGGACCAGGGAGAGGCCCACAACGGAGCUCCGAGCUCCACUGAGAGGUGCCUCCUGUUGUUUGGCAGGAGAGUGACGUCAGCGUACACAGCUCCUCACCGAUUGGCCCCCGAGCUGCUCACAUUCACAACAAGCCACGCCCCCAACUGCGUCAUCACCCACGUGGACGAGAGGGCUGUCCCCCUGUUGGGGUUCCUACCGCAGGAGCUGGUGGGAUCGUCUUUGUUGUCGUUCAUCCACCGCUCGGAUCACGCACUCAUCCUGAACCUUCACCGGCGCA